AUGGGGAGCUUAGGAAGAGCUGUGUACACCUUGGGAAACUUGAUUCGAGCUACAGGUCAAGCCAUGGAUCGACUGGGUUUCCAGCUCCAAGGGAGUUAUUAUAUCCCUGAACAAAUUUCUAGGCAUCGGACAAUAAUGGAUAUUUUCGAAAAAUCUCCUGUGGUUGAUAAGGAUGCAUUUAUUGCCCCAAGUGCCUCUGUCAUUGGGGAUGUUCAGGUUGGCCGAGGAUCAUCCAUAUGGUAUGGGUCUGUUCUUCGAGGUGAUGUGAACAGCAUAAGUGUCGGGUCUGGGACUAAUAUACAGGACAAUUCCCUGGUCCACGUGGCUAAAUCUAAUAUAAGCGGAAAGGUUUUGCCCACUAUCAUUGGAGAUAACGUGACAAUAGGUCAUGGUGCAGUUAUACAUGGAUGCACAAUAGAGGAUGAGGCUUUUGUCGGGAUGGGAGCUACUCUUCUUGAUGGUGUUUUUGUGGAAAAACAUGCCAUGGUUGCUGCAGGUUCUCUUGUGAGACAGAAUACAAGGGUCCCUGUUGGGGAGGUGUGGGCGGGUAACCCGGCCAAAUUUCUCAGGAAGCUCACAGAUGAGGAGAUUGCAUUCAUCUCCCAAGCAGCCACUAAUUACAUCAACCUUGCCAAAGUGCAUGCAGCUGAGAACUCCAAAUCGUUCGACGAGAUAGAGCUGGAAAAGAUGCUCCGCAAGAAAUUCGCCAAGCGUGAUGAAGAGUCCCAAGUAUUUAGGUUGGGCAUUCUCCGCGUUAUCUUUCCCUUGUCCAAGUUCGAUAGGUCGUUCACCCUGGUGCCGAGGUGUAUGACCUAUUUAGCUAUUACUUUUCCCCCUUAG